AUGCUGUCCACCAGUUUCAUUCAGAAUUUAUCCUUCUUACAGGAUUCCAAAUAUUUCCUACCCUUAUCUGCAACUUUGCUCUUCUUAAGUAUCUUUGCCUGGUACCUUUUGACGUUUCUCCGAGAUCCUUUGGAUUUGCGGAAGAUUCCAGGUCCAAGAUUAGCUGCAUUCUCGGCAGCAUGGUCGAUGAACUACUGUCGUAAGAACAAACGCUUUUGGGGCAUCCACAAGGCCCAUGAAAAUUUUGGGCCUAUUGUUAGAAUUCAGCCAGAUCAUGUCAGUUUCAACGUUGGGGAGGCCAUCAAUCAGAUCUACGGUCAUGGGAAGGACCUCAUGAAAGCACCAUUCUAUGACACUCUCGCAGCCCCACAUCGAAGUAUGUUCGAUACAACUGACAGGAUCGAACACGGUCUUAAAAGAAAAUAUGUUUCACACAUGUUUGCCCCACAGGCGGUUUCAGAACUCGAACAGGUCAUUGCGGAUACUACCCAGAACUUGUGCAAUGUCAUGGACCGAUACUCAGAGAGUGGAGAGUUGAUGAACAUGCGCUAUUGGGUUAGUAUGUAUGCAUUCGACAUCAUUGGCCAAAUGGGCUUCGCGACAGACCUGGGCUGCUUGAAGAGAGGCGACGACAUGAUGGUUGGGCAAACCAGAGCAGGAAAGAAGUACAUCGCUUCAGGAAUGAAGGGUGUUUACGACGGAGGUUCCUACAAUGUAUUCUGGGGCCAAGCACCUUCCUAUCUGGAAUAUACAAAAUGGCUUACUCAGUGGACAAAUGGCCGCUUCUAUGCCGACUUCUUCUUCGACGUGGCUAUUGAGCUUGUCAAAUCUCGCGUUCCCAAGGAAGACGUGGCCGAAUACGAGAAGACUCGGCGUUACGACUUGUUCCAUCGCUUAGUGGUUGGCAAGAAUGGCGAUGCCCUUGGUCUCGAAUUCGAAGAGAUGUUCUCCGAAGCGGCUGUUCUCAUGAUUGCUGGCUCAGAUACCUCGGGAACUGGUGUCUGCAAUACUCUUCUGGAACUCAUCCAAGAUCCUGUGAGACUUAAGAGACUCCGUGAAGAGCUUGACGCCAAUAUUCCAAAAGAUACCAAGGUCGCAACGCACGACCAAGUCCAGAAUCUACGAUACUUGGCCGCAUGCAUUGAUGAGAGUCUUCGCCUCAGACCCCCAAAUGCUCAAGGUCUUCCACGUAUGGUUUCGGAGAAAGGUGCAACCAUUUGUGGUCAUCAUCUGAAGCCAGGCACUAUCGUGUCAGUUCCGACAUACACCAUUCACCGGAAUGAGAACUACUUCAAGGACCCACUUGCUUUUAACCCAGAGCGUUGGAUCGACAACCCGGACCUGCAAGAAAGAUACAACUUGCAGAAAUAUGUUAUUCCAUUUUCUCAUGGGAGUAGGGCUUGUAUUGGCCGCAACUUGGCCAAUCUGGAGCUUAGAGUCGCCGUUGCUACCAUUAUUUCCAGGUAUGACUUCGAAAUGGAAUUUCCGGGCAAGCCUGUCGAAAUAUUUGAACGUUUCAACUCAAACCCUGAGGAUUUCCAUGUGAAAGUGCGACCCCGGGUCAGAGCUUGA